AUGGCGCCGUUUGAGAGCACCGGUUUUGCUGUUUACCCAGAUAGUGAUCCGAACAACAUCAUAGUUUCUCAGCUUUCUUUAGUGGAUCUGGCGGGAAGCGAACGGACGAAAAGAACAAACAACGUCGGUGACCGUCUUGCUGAAGCUGCAUCCAUCAAUAAAAGUUUGAUGGUACUGCGCCAAUGUAUUGACAAACUAAGGCGGAAUCAACGUUCUGGAACAUCGGAAACGAUUCCAUAUCGGGACGCGAAGCUCACAAUGUUAUUCAAAAACUUUUUCGAAGGAUGUGGAAAGAUAAGGAUGAUAAUUUGCGCAAAUCCAAAACCAUCGGAUUUUGAAGAAAAUUUGGAUUUUGAUGAUGCUGCGUCCCUCGCAAAGUUCAAAGAGCAGUGUCUCGCCCUAGCUAACAUAUCUAACCGUGAGAACCAUAGUCUGGAAUCUCAAGCCCAUGACGUCGAAAUUCCGUUGAGGAACUCCCUUUGUGUCGCGGACUACGCCAAAGUAGAGAAUGAAGAGCUGCGGGCACGCAGUGAGCAAGAUGCUGAACAGAUAGCCGCGUACUGCGCCGAAAAUAAGAAGCUCAAGGUGAAUUGGAUGCGUAUCGGUCAUUAUAUAUCAUUAUGCAGAGAAUUCGAAAAGUGCUUACCAAGAUUGGGCGAUGAAAAGCCUGGCGAGUGGAGCCAGUAAAU